GCCCAAACUCAUUUUUCUCCCUCUAAAAUUAUAGAAGAUCUGCUAGCUAAAAUCCUCUCCUUCCCUCCAUGAUACGAAAUUCAAAUCUUCCUCCACCAGGAAACUGAGAAAUGAAGGACAACCAUCUUCAAACUCCACAGAAGGAUCUCCCCCUCGCCAACCGCAAAUCGAAAUCCAGUUCCGAUCACUCUAAGAAGGCUCUGAAAAAUGCCAAGAAAAACUUAAGUUCUGAGUUCGAAGCGCUUGUGGAAGUUACUGCAUUUCCAGAAUCGCCAAAUGACUCCGUUGAUCAGGCUUCUGUUUCAGAGGUUGUGGACGAUUUUAAGUAUACUGAAGCAGAGAGUUUUGUCUUUCCAUUGAACUCAGAAGCUUCCACUUCAUCUGAGAACAGUUUCCUCUCUGACCUUACCUCAGUAUCAUCUGGAAUUGCUUCUGAAGUGUACACAACAAGCAGUCCCUCAAAGUACCUGUUCACGAAUGCUGAAGAAAAGACUUGUGUUGAGACAGAAAUAGCAAUUAAGCAUCUACGACAGGCACGAAUUGAGGUCAUGAAUUCCCUUGAUGUUGAUCUGCAGUCUAAGCAACUUAUGGAUGCUAUAAUUGAUAUUGCACUGCGACAAUUCUGUGGUUCGGCUGUAGAUAAAAUAUGCUCUCAGUCCCUUAUUCUGAAGGUACGUUUACUAACAUCACUGGUGCUCGUCAUUGUCAUUCUAGC